AGCAGCGUAUAUCUUUGACUGAUAUUAAUUACUCCUAAUGUCGAAACCUGCGUUGAAGCACUCAGCCUGCUUAAUUUUAGACACUUCUAUUUAUUUCCUUUCCACUAUCGAUUUGGAUUAAGAGAGUUCUGAAACCUUGAUCAUGGUGAAACAUCUAUUUCCCUACGUUUGCAUCCUCCUCGUCACUGCCGUCCUCCCUCUCGCUCCCCUAUCCACCGCCGUUGAUCCUCUGGAAGUUGGCUUUGCCGCUCGAUAUGAUUCACCUUACUCACCCAAUGCGUGUGGAUACGACGAAGAGCAUCUACCAUCUGAUGGCCUAUUUGGUGCUGUUGACGAGGUGUUAUGGAACAAAACAGGGACGCCGUGUGGUACCAUCUACCAGCUACGAUGUAUCAGUGGGCCUGCUUUGACGUUCUCUUUGCUCUCUCCUCAAAAGCCUAUGCCCUUAUCGCGGAUCCGGCCAAAGAUUCAAUCAAAAUCCAAUUCCAGCAGCUUUGAGCGGGUUCCAAAUCGACGGAUGUAUCCCCAUGUAGGCGCGAGAUGGCUUCGUUCCGGUUGCGCUGCUGUUUUCCGGUGUCAAUUUCUCGAUCGGAUCCGGAAACACAGUAGAUCGGGAAAGGCAGUCCGUGGGGCAGAGGAGAGAUUAGCCGGAAAGCUGGCCAGAAAAAAUUGGGGUCGCUGUCUUACCUAAUUUUCUUUCCAAGAAUGUUAAGUACAAACUAGUUUUCUCUUUUAUUACACUCUGAAUAUCCUGUUUUGUUAUCUGAAAUGCACAAGACUGCAAAACAGAAACUAUUAAAUGAAGAACAGUCUACAUAUCGAGGGGCCCAGCUCCCAUUCAAUUGUUUAAGUAGCGCAAUCUAGGACUGCAUAGCACUUUUUCAUUAUACUUUUAUUCUGUCAUUGUCUUAUGUAAAACCUUGCCGUAGAAACACAACAAUAUUACCCAAGGCAAUACAUAGAGGAAUAUUACAAAGGUCAUAUAUAUAGGUUUAGAAAUCCCAGGUGCAGAUAAAUAUGGAAUUGUUAUUACUCCAGUAAGAAAGUAUAGCCUGCCAUACCUGUGGUGAAUUACAAAUAGCAGACAUGACCAGUGUAGGUGGAAGAAGAAAUAAUGUGGCAGCAUACCUGAAGAAAGAUGUCACAUGACAAUGAUUUACAUUUCACUUUGAAGCAAGAUGCAACGAGGAAUCUAAUUCCCUUUUAAGGCCAAUGGAAUCUAACUGCAUACAAUACUUAAAGAGCAUGUUAAAGUUCAAUCUCCUCCCCUCUCUCUUCCCCUCUGACUCUCUCCCCUGUCUCUCCCUAUAUUAUCUCUCCAUCUCACCCUCUUUCUCAAAAUUAUUCUGUCUCUCGACCUGAUUACAACCCACUUAAAAUACUCACUCUCUGCUCUUACCUGACAUCAUGACUGUUGCCAUCCUGUUGUAUCUUUCUUUACCACAUCUCAUGACUAAUCCCAUGGUAUUUCUUCGUGCAUUAUUUAACAGUUAUAUUAUUAUUUAAGAACAUUCAUUUUAAUUUUAUUAAUUGCCUGUAUCUUCCCACAAAGUAUCAAUAAUUUACCAAGAAAGGUACAACACCACAGGAAGCUUUGGAAAAAAUAAAGUUUAUGCAUAUAU